AGGAUUGUGGAUCGAUGUUUCACAAUGUGAAGAGUUUCACCAUACAGGUACGGGUCAAGAUCGGAUGUGACGUCAUCCAAUGGAUCCAUCUACCAGCAGUGACAGAGCUCACCAUUCAAACACAUGAGCGUGCGUAUCGCCCGGCUUCUCUCCACGAUGAUCACACCUCACUACCCAAUGCUCUCCACAAGGUCUCAUCUCAGCUUGUCAAGGUCACAUUCAAAGAUCUCGACAUUGGUAACAAUCAGACCGAACGCAUCAUUCAAGCUUUUAGAUCAACAUACGAUCUCAAACAUCUGAGGGUCCUAAGAUUCAUACGAUGUGGGACUGAUGAGAGAUUAAAUCGUUCUAGUAUUGAUUCCGAUGAUGAACAUAAGGUAAAGGUGGAGAUAGAACAUGGCAAACCAGUUGGGUAAGUCAUACGACCUCGUUUUAUCAAA